AGGCACCAAAGGUGGAGGUGUACUCCCGCAGACAUGUCACAAACGGAGAGGAGAAUGUCCUCAACUGCUUCGUGAGUGGUUUCCACCCUCCAAAGAUUGACAUCACUCUCCUGAAGAAUGGGAAGCCCAUGAGCGGUGUGAAGUACUCAGACAUGUCCUUCAAUGACAAAUGGUAUUUCCAGCGCCUGGUGUACGUGCCCUUCACCCCCCAGAAGGGUGAUGUCUACGAUUGCAGAGUGACCCAUUCUGCCUUCAGGGAGCCGCAGACCUUCCGAUGGGAUCCAGACUUCUAA